UGUACUGGGAGAGAAGAAGGAGAAAAAAAAAAAAAUGGCUUACGCAUACUUCAUAUGGUUCCUUUUAAAUCACUUUGUUCUAUUUGUAGCCACAAUCCAGGCAAAAGUUCCUGCAGUCAUUGUGUUUGGAGACUCAUCCGUUGAUGCAGGAAAUAACAAUUUUAUUCCAACUGUUGCUAGGAGCAAUUUCCGGCCAUAUGGACGUGAUUUUACAGGUGGCCAUCCCACUGGAAGGUUCUCUAAUGGCAGAAUCGCCACUGACUUUCUUUCUGAGGCUUUAGGGGUCAAACCAACUAUACCAGCCUACUUGGAUACGGCAUAUAACAUUUCAGAUUUUGCCACCGGAGUUACCUUUGCUUCUGCCGGCUCUGGCUAUGACAACGCCACUUCUGAUGUGCUGUCUGUGAUACCUCUAUGGAAGGAGCUGGAGUACUACAGGGAUUACCAGAAGAAACUGAGAGCUUAUCUUGGAGAAAAAAAAGCAGACGAAAGGAUUAGUGAGUCUCUACACAUAAUCAGCGCAGGAACAAACGACUUCCUGGAGAAUUACUACGCUUUCCCUAGACCUGGAGGCCGAUCUUCCCAGUACAACAUCACGGAGUACCAAAAUUUUCUGGUAGGAAUUGCCGAGAAUUUCGUCAAGAACCUGUAUGCUCUUGGAGCUAGAAAAAUCAGCGUAGGAGGUCUUCCUCCAAUGGGGUGUAUGCCACUGGAGAGAACCACAAAUUUUAUGGGAGAGCAUCUCUGUGUGGAGAGAUACAACAUUCUGGCUAUGGGAUUCAACGAUAAACUGAAGAAGUUAACCAUAAAUUUGAACAAGGAGCUACCUGGAGUCAACCUUGUUUUCUCAAAUCCUUAUUAUGCUUUCAUGCAUAUUUUACGAAAUCCUGAUAAUUAUGGGAUUGAGGUUACAGAAGUGGCAUGUUGCGCAACGGGGAUGUUCGAGAUGGGUUAUGCAUGCGCUAGAAACAAUCUGUUUACGUGCACAAACGCGGACAAAUAUGCGUUCUGGGAUGCCUUUCAUCCUACUCAGAAAACUAAUCAAAUAAUUGCUAAUUAUUUGAUGAAGAAUGUCUUUUCCGUCUUUCACUGAUCUCCAUAUUUUGUGCUUUAUUAUUUGUAAUAGUAUUACUACUUAUGAUCAAUCUGCCACUCUGUAUGCAUAUGUAUAUCGUCGUGGCUUUUCCCCGUGUUUAUAUGAACUAGAUUUGUAAUAUUAUUAAAUCUGGUCCUUCUGUUUUUGAUCUUGAUAAAAUAAAUAAUGGCACUGUUUCUGAA